UCCGCCGCCUCCCGCGUCGCCUCCCCGCCGCUGGCCCGAGUCCCGCCGGCCGCCCCGCAGCCCGGUGCAUGUGCGGCAACAACAUGUCGGCUCCUCUGCCUGCCAUCGUCCCGGCCGCCAGGAAGGCCACGGCCGCCGUCAUUUUUCUUCACGGAUUAGGAGAUACCGGGCACGGAUGGUCAGAAGCACUUGCUGGUAUCAAAAGCCCCCAUGUGAAAUACAUUUGCCCACAUGCGCCAGUUAUGCCUGUUUCUUUGAACAUGAACAUGUCUAUGCCAUCAUGGUUUGAUAUCAUUGGACUUUCUCCAGAUUCACAGGAAGAUGAAGCUGGGAUCAAGCAGGCAGCAGAGAAUGUUAAAGCACUGAUAGAUCAAGAAGUAAAAAAUGGAAUUCCUUCUAAUAGAAUUAUUCUGGGAGGCUUUUCUCAGGGAGGUGCUUUAUCACUGUAUACAGCUCUUACAACACAUCAGAAAUUAGCAGGUGUCGUAGCCCUCAGCUGUUGGCUUCCUCUACGGGCUUCUUUUCCUCAGGGCCCUAUCAGUGGUGUCAACAAGGAUAUUGCUGUUCUUCAGUGCCACGGGGACUGUGACCCCCUGGUUCCUGUAAUGUUUGGGUCCCUCACUGUUGAGAAGCUGAAGACUAUGAUAAAUCCAGCCAAUGUAACCUUCAAGACUUACUCUGGCAUGAUGCAUAGUUCAUCUCUUGAGGAGAUGAUGGAUGUAAAACAGUUCAUAGACAAACAUCUACCUCCUGUAGACUGAACUGAUCUGUGAGAAGCUUUCUAUAUAAAUACACCAGCAUCAACUGUGGUAGAGUGUUAAAUCUUUUCAUAUGCCUGAUAGGAAACAUUAUUUCUAUACCUGCAGUGUUACUACUGUGUUGCAAAUUUAUACUUACAAUGAAGAUUAAAUAAUGCACAUGUACAAGAAAUGGUAAUCUUUUUAGUAUUUUUCACCCAGUGCUGGGAAGGAUGUGAAUGAGGGAACUAGAUAACAAUGACAGAAUGUAACUGUUUUAAGAUGUCUGAUUAUUUUUUACUUGAUCGCAGAAUUUCAAACUAUUUGUACAAGUAAUAAAAAACUAAAUUGAAGUGA